AUGGCCCCCUCCAAGCAGACGAUAGUCAUCGGCGGGAUCGCAGUGAACGUGUAUUCACUCCCCGGGGCUACAGACCCGUCCGCUCCCGUAGCGGUCUUGUUCUUCCUCCACGGCAGGACUGGCAAAGCGGGCGACUGCGAAUGGGUCGCGCACUCUACGCUCGAGUGGACUGACGAGCUGAGGAAGAGUGCCGGUGUGCAAGGGCAAGACCUUCUCGUCGUAACCCUUGACCAGCGCAACCACGGCGAUAGGGUUGUUGAUAUACGCGCCAACAGUGGGUGGAGGGAGCAGCCUCCCCAGAGGAACGACUCUCAUGCGGUUGACAUGUACGCGAUCUUUACGGGAUCGUCCAAGGACGUGUCGUUCUUGAUUGAUUACCUGCCCUCAUACCUGUACCCGUCUGGGGAGCGUACCGUCUCACAAUGGCUGCUAGGAGGCAUCAGUCUCGGUGGACACGCAGCUUGGUAUGCUCUGCGGCAUGAACCUAGGAUUAGAUUGGGUAUUCCAAUCAUAGGUUGCCCCGACUACCUCGCGCUCAUGACCGAGCGCGCCGCACUGAACGGGAUCCCCUUCGAGCCUCCAUACAUCCCGAAGACGUUCCUCAGCCUCAUCGCCCAACAGGACCCUGCAACGGCGCCGUACGAAGCGUCGGACUCAUCUAACCCGUUCUAUGGAAAGAAGAUCCUUGUGCUGUCGGGGGAAGCCGAUAAGCUGGUGCCGUGGACCGCAUCGAAGGAGUUCGUUGACAACCUCAACGUCGGGCCGGAGGGCACGAAGGAAGUCAUCGUAGCACCAGGAGUGGGACACGAAUGCACGAAGGAUAUGAUCCGUGCGAUGUCAAAGUUCAUUUGGGAGCAGGCGUUGGCGGUAUGA